AGUAAUGUCAAUAGUGUCAUUAGAUUAUUGUCAAUAAAAAGUUACAGCUGUUGAAAGUUUUCAUUCUUCUAUUUCCUUUUCAUUUCAUUAUAAACAAUUUGUAAUUGAUUAUAAACCCAACAUUUUAAGAUAAAUUUUCUUCAAAAAUGGGUAGUAUAGGUAAAGCCAUAAAAACAGGGUUUGUUUGUCGACUCUGCACCAAGCAAAGGAAAGUCGUGAUCCACUUCUACACUUCCAAAGCGAAAAAACUGGAUUUGAUGACUAAAUUGAAAUUGCUGCCAAUAACACUGAAAAAAUAUGAUGGAUUACCGAAAACGGUCUGCGAGUCAUGCGUAAAAAAACUAGAACUUCAGUAUGAUUUGGUGUUGAGAAUCCGUAAGAACGAAGGGAUGUUAAAGCUGCACGAUACCUAUCACGGCAAUGGAAAUUGUCCUCAGGAUUGUCCAUUACACAUAGUCAGUCAAAUAGCACGGGAAGUAGUAUCAUGAAAAAAGCCAGCCUCAAUUUCACAUACAAUGGAAAAUGCUGGAUUAAUUAUUUGUUCUAUUAUUAAGUUAAAGUGAUUUUUUUUAAAUUAUACAUGUAGAAUAUUUGUAUUUAGAAAAUAAAAUGAUAAUUAAUAACUUCCUAGUGUAGUGAGUUCUGCAGUUACUGAGAGAUUGAAAAUGUUCAAAAUAGAUUUUGUGGGAAAAGAGUUGUGAUGUAAAAAAACAAAUAAGUAACCCCCAGAACAGAGAAGUCACCCCCCGGUCACCCCUAUGCACACCUUUCAUGGUCGAUGCGUAGUGCUGAUAGAGAAAUAAAAAUAUAAGCCCUUGCCUUUUCAGGUCAUGUUAGUACGAUUUGAUUUCAAGACAGUUUUGGAAACUGUAAAAUUUUUAUUAUAUAUACUCCCAUAGAUUGUCAAUUUUUUAGGACUUUUCUAAGAUCAGGACAAAAUGAUAACAUACAGGAUAUUGCAAUUUUUUUCUCCAGGAUAACUUUUUUUAUUUAUUUAAGUAAGUAGUUAUAGGUAAUUAGAAAUUUUUAAAAUUGAUAUAAAUAAAUAUUAUAAUAAAUUAACUAAUUAAACAAUUUUAUGCAAAUACAGGUGAAGGCCUAAACUUUUUCUUGAUAACAGCUCUUGUAGGUCUCGCUGUAGUGCUGCUAGCAACAGCAUAUUGUCUCCUAUUGACAGCCUUGUUCCUGUAAUACUUCCUGUUGGCAUUAUUAUUAGGAUACCUUACGUAAGAUGUUGGCUUAUAAUAGCUUGCCCCUGGUUUUGCAUAUUGUCGCUGAAUUUGCUGGUAAGUUUUAACUUUACUGUAAGAAGGUUGAUUUCCAUAAUAUUGCACUUGUCGUCUGGAUCUUUUCAGGUUUAAUUUGUCUUUUACUAGUUUGUAUAAGGCAGAGUCUUUUUGGAUCGAUAAUAUGUUUUUCACUGUGAGUUUUGCUAAUUCUUCGGGACCCAUUGUUGUAGUGGAAAUUUCUUCUGUAAUCUCCG